CUCUCAGACAACAGCUAAGCACAGAGGAAAUAUUAGCUGGCAGAGAUAACGAAGAGGAAAUACUCAGUUGACAGAUGCACCAUCUGUCAGUUUCUGAGGAGCCGUUUUCAAGAAGGCAGACAUGAAGUGAAGAAGACAGUGGUUUUGUUUCAAAGGUACAGCACAGCCUAAGGACAUAUUAAAACAAAAAAUUGAGGCAAAGGAAGCAUGUGACUGGCUCCGAGCAGCUGGAUUUCCGCAAUAUGCUCAGUUAUAUGAAGAUUCACAGUUUCCCAUCAACAUUGUGGCUGUCAAGAAUGAUCAUGAUUUUCUUGAAAAGGACCUUGUAGAACCUCUUUACAGACGAUUAAAUACAUUGAAUAAGUGUGCCUCAAUGAAACUUGAUGUGAACUUCCAAAGGAAAAAGGGAGACGACUCCGAUGAAGAAGAUCUUUGUAUCAGCAACAAAUGGACUUUCCAAAGAACCAGCCGCAGGUGGUCUCGAGUGGAUGACCUGAACACACUUUUCCCUGGUGGAGACAAGAAUGGGUCCCCAGGAGGCCCGAUGAUGAGAAACACGACCAGCAGUGAGAGCGUCCUCACAGACCUGAGUGAGCCCGAGGUCUGCUCCAUCCACAGCGAGAGCAGUGGAGGCAGCCAGUCAAGCCAGUACUGCACCGACAGCCCCGUCAUGCUGGAGGCCACCCUGGUCAGCAGCAGCUUCCCACAGUCUCCCCGAGAGAUUCUCAGUCACCCCUUUCACCUCAAGAAUGAGAAACCCACCAGGGCCAGGGCAAAAUCGUUUCUGAAACGCAUGGAAACUCUCCGAGCCAAGGGAGCACAGGGAAGACACAAGGCCCCGGGAAGGACAGGGGCCCUGGUGAUCAGUGGGCCUGUGCUCCAGCAGGAGGCAGAGUCCUCCAAAGUCAUGCAGUGUAUCCACAUAGCCGACGGGGAUCUGCACAACUCCCCCCCAGCUACCUGCAGGAAAGGGCUGCUGUACUCUGGCAAGUCAAGCAGGGAGAGCAGCCCAUCCGAGCACAGCAGUGGGCUGAGCACCCCGAACCUGAAGGAGAGGAAAUGCCACCAUGAAUCCAACAAGCGUGGGGGCAUGUACCUGGAGGAUGUGGAUGUGCUGGCAGGGACGGCAGAGCUGCGAGAUGCUGGAGACCAAAACCACACGCACAGCUUUCACUCUCAAGAGAACUUGGUGGUACAUAUUCCCAAGGAUCACAAACCUGGAACAUUCCCCAAGGCACUUUCGAUCGAAAGCCUCUCACCCACAGACAACAGCAAUGGAGUGAAUUGGAGGACAGGGAGCAUCUCCCUGGGAAGACAGCAGGACCCCUGUACUGGGGAGCCCAGGCUCAUGGCUUCCAGCCACAGAGCCAGCCGGGUCAGUAUCUAUGACAAUGUCCCUGGCUCCCAUCUGUACGCUAGUACAGGAGACCUGCUGGAUCUGGAGAAAGAUGACUUCCUCCCGCAAUUGGAUGACAUUCUGCAGCAUGUCAAUGGGCUCCAAGAGGUGGUCGAUGACUGGUCAAAAAAUGUCCUGCCUGACCUACAAACUCACGAUGCAUUGGUCAGGCAGCCUGGAUUACCCUCCUUCCCACCUCCUAAUCAGCUCACCUUAGAUUUUGAAGGCAACUCUGUCUCGGAAGGACGGACAACCCCCAGUGAUGUAGAAAGAGAUGGAACAUCCCUGAAUGACUCUGAGGCCCCUGGGGUCAGAGAAAGGAGGGAUUCUGGUGUAGGAGCCUCUCUGACCAGGCCAAACAGGCGACUGCGCUGGAACAGUUUCCAGCUCUCACACCAGCCUCAGCCGUCCCCAGCAUCGCCUCACAUCAGCAGCCAGACAGCCGGCCAGCUGAACCUGCUCCAGCGCUUCUCUCUGCUCCGACUCACAGCCAUCAUGGAGAAGUACUCCCUGUCCAACAAACACGGCUGGACCUGGUCUGUCCCAAAGUUCAUGAAGAGGAUGAAAGUUCCUGACUAUAAAGACAAGGCUGUCUUUGGUGUUCCUCUCAUAAUCCACGUCCAGAGAACGGGACAGCCCCUGCCUCAGAGCAUUCAGCAGGCCCUGAGAUAUCUCCGCAGCAACUGCCUGGAUCAGGUGGGUCUUUUUCGAAAGUCUGGAGUAAAGUCUCGAAUACAUGCCCUCCGUCAAAUGAAUGAGAAUUUUCCUGAGAAUGUCAACUAUGAGGACCAGUCUGCUUAUGACGUAGCAGAUAUGGUGAAGCAGUUCUUCCGGGAUCUCCCUGAGCCUCUCUUCACCAACAAGCUCAGUGAGACUUUCCUUCACAUCUACCAGUAUGUCCCCAAAGAGCAGUGGCUGCAAGCUGUGCAGGCCGCCAUCCUGCUGCUGGCCGAUGAGAACAGGGAGGCCCUGCAGACACUCUUGUGUUUCCUGAACGAUGUCGUGAACUUGGUGGAAGAGAAUCAGAUGACGCCCAUGAAUCUGGCUGUGUGCCUGGCCCCCUCCCUCUUCCAUCUUAACUUAUUGAAAAAAGAAAGUUCUCCAAGAGUCAACCAGAAGAAAUAUGCCACUGGAAAGCCAGAUCAAAAAGACCUCAGCGAGAACCUGGCCGCAGCUCAGGGGCUCGCCCACAUGAUCACCGAAUGCAACAGACUUUUUGAGGUUCCACAUGAGAUGGUGGCCCAGUCUCGUAGCUCCUAUGAAGAGGCUGAGAUUCAUGCACCAACGCUGGAAGACUUGGGGACACAGCUGGAGGAGAGUGGGGCAACUUUCCAUACUUACCUGGAGAAUCUCAUCCAGGGCCUUCAGAAAGAAGCCAAGGAGAAGUUCAAAGGAUGGGUCACAUGCUCCAGCCUAGACAAUACAGACCUUGCAUUCAAAAAGGUGGGGGACGGGAACCCCCUGAAGCUGUGGAAGGCCUCUGUGGAGGUGGAAGCACCCCCCUCCGUGGUGCUGAAUCGCGUACUGAGAGAGCGUCACCUGUGGGAUGAGGAUUUUGUGCAGUGGAAGGUGGUAGAGACUCUGGACAGGCAGACGGAAGUUUACCAGUACGUGCUGAACAGCAUGGCCCCCCAUCCUUCCAGAGACUUCGUGGUUCUCAGGACCUGGAAGACUGACUUGCCCAAAGGAAUGUGCACUCUGGUGUCCCUUUCUGUAGAGCAUGAAGAAGCCCAGCUCAUGGGCGGCGUGAGGGCAGUGGUGAUGGAUUCUCAGUACUUGAUAGAGCCGUGUGGUUCUGGCAAGUCACGACUAACCCACAUCUGUAGGAUUGACCUGAAAGGUCACUCCCCAGAAUGGUACAGCAAAGGCUUUGGACAUCUUUGUGCAGCCGAAGUCGCCAAGAUUAGAAACUCUUUUCAACCCCUCAUUGCUGAGGGUCCCGAGACUAAAAUCUGAGUUUUGCUCCAUUGUGACAUCAAACUCAGGGAACAGGAAGUGAACCCAAUACUUAGAGCUGAGAGCGUGCCCAUGAGAAAGCAAGAGGGAGAUGAAUGUGGUUUAGUGCUUAGAAAUGCAAACACUGAGAAGUCAGAACGUCGAUGCAUGAAUUUUCUGAGAACUUUUCUAGCCCUCCUGGAGAUGGCUACAUCCCUACUAAUAUAAUAUUUUUUUAAAAAAAAUCAGAACCUAUAUCUAUGUUACUUAAAAUUAAAUGGAUUAUGCCUUGUGUGAUGCCUAAUUUGCUAUUUAAAGGCUUCUAAGAAGCAUAUACUUAACUGUAAAUAAAUAUAUUGUAUCAUAUGUACAUAUAUGGGGAUAUCUCUACCUUUACUGUAUAUAUGUAAAAUAUUGAUUUUAUAUACAAUUGACUGACUCCGUGAGUCCCUUCCUCACCCAGCUCUUACCCAGUAACUCUGGGCCCUGUCUCCCUAAAGUCCUAUAAGCUGAGUAGAGCCUGCUGCUAAUGCCAUGGUGUGACAAAGUCUAAUCUCUCCAUUUGUCCUGAUGUCUAACCAAAGAUCAGCCACCAAAGGAAAAUGGCAUUAAGAGCUUUCUUAUGUAUUUGGACAACUGGUUUCAGUUGUUCAAAACUAAAAGUGGGCUGUUAAGAUACAGCAAAAGAAAUAUUUACUCCUCUUUAACCCAAAGCAGUAGAUGAGAAGUCAUUGCCAAAUUUAAGACUAGAUUGUACAAGUUUCCCCUGUAUCAUACUAUAUGCAAUUUCAGUGAGAUGUCAGUUGGACCACUGGAGUCAACUCAGUGAUAGAGGGGCUGAAUACCUGUUCCUGUCCAUAUUCACAGCCAAAGGGAGCCUCUGUACUGUCUCAAGUUUGCGCUGAUACUUUUUCAUAAUGUUAUUAAAGUCUCUUCUAUUUGACCAGUGGCCUGCCUAUAUGGUCACAGUUAAUUGACCUUUUCUUCCCAAUGUAUUGCACUGAAUUUGACUCUGGACACCAGACAAAGGGAGAUGGUAGUCCCUCAAGAGUCCUGGCUCAUCGCAGCUUCAGGGAAUUUAUAUUUUGCUAUAUUUGAUACUCUUAAAAUAUAAUUCACUAAAAUCUUACAAUCUGAAAGACAGGGUUAUUUUUUUACUAACAUAAAACCAAAAGUGUAUUCUUUAAUGAGUCUUAGGAAGUAUAAAUGGAUAUAUGAAUUCCAUGUUUCUUCAUUAGCCACCAGCUCAAGCUACCUGUGCAUUUGACCCCCACCUUAUUUAUUACUGUAUAAACUAAGCAAAUUGAUUCUUCUUUGAACCAAUUCUGAGUGGAUGUGUUGCUUUGACUGUAACUCAACAAGUGUAGAGGGAAAGAUAAUUUAUUGUGCUUGGUUUCAUGGAGAAAGAUUUCUUUAGUUGUUUGACAGAAAUGGAUAUCAUGAUUUAGAAACUGUCUUGGAGGAGGGAAAAUGUGUUUUCAGUUUUAUUUUAUGCAAUGUCUAUCAGAAAUGUGCAAUUGUUUUAAUGAGAGGAAUAAAAAACACUAUGAGUUUGAUAUGGUGCAAGGAAAA